UAUUACGGAUUCUGGAGUGAUGGCAGGAAAUUGUUGCGUGUUCCAGGAGUGAAAGAAGAGAUCAACUGGCAGUUAAAUGGUCGGAGAUCAAUUUGUUGCUUGUCUAUUCUCCACCGGUCUAAUGACCCGUCUCUAUGGCGCUGGCGCGCUAACGGUGUACACAGGAUUAAACCAUGUAUUAUUCAUAGACAGAACUUGAAGAAGUCCGACAUCCAGCAGAGAAAUCAUGCCUGGGCCGGGGUUUCCCGUGGCCAAUAAAAUCCUAUUUAAGUAUGAGCAGGACCGUGCUUAUAGACUCCACAGGCAAAAGGUGCAUGGUUCUAGACCUACUGUGAAUAAUAAAAAACCACAAAAACAUCCUCAUCUAAUUCUCCAAUUAAAGAAAAUUCAGUUGGAGGAGGAACGUCAGGCAGAGGUCGACCAUGAAAACCGUCUGCUUCUACAGAAGAUGACAAAGAUCAUGAAGGAGCCAGCCAAAGUAGAUUCCUGGAAUGAAUACCAGUCAAAAAGUCUUAACCUUCCAUUGAGAGAAAGGCAACUUCGUGAUAUCCAGAUGGAGAACAUCGGACUGGCCAAGCGGUUAGAGCACACACGACCGGUGAUCAGAACAGACGAAAUGGAGGAGGAGUACCAGCAGAAGAAGUACCUACAGAUGUUGUGGAAUGAAAAUGCCAAAGAUUUUGACAUGGUCAUUCCUAGACACCAAAGAUAUAGACAGCUGAGAAAAAUAAAAGAGGCAGAACUCGCCAAAGAAAGAGAGGAGAAAGCUAACAAUGGAGAAGAGGGAAAGAAGGAUGCUUUACCUCCCAUUGGGAAAAACAGUGAACCUCAGACUAUAAGAUAUAAUGGCCCAGACACGCAGCGAAGCACAAGGAGUGAUAAUGGUGACAAAGAGAGAAAGUCUGACGAUGGAAGCAGUAUGGACAGAUCACACUUCAGUUCACAGGCUGACAACGAUGCCAAGGCACUAUUUAAGGUUGCCAAAGGCCUUGCACAACCGGAUGAUGUCUUCAUAAGAAACUUGGUUCGAAGAUCACAAAGUCAACGGGCCCAGAUCGUCGAAAGGUUUAAAGAAAUGUACAGUUUGGAUUUGGCGACAGAGCUUAUGUCGGGUCUGGGAAAGGAUUGGGAAUCUUUGAUUAACGCUUUACUGAAAAACAAAUCCAUAGGCACCGCUAAAGUUCUCCAUGAUGCAUUAGAGGAAGGAGAUUAUCCGACAGCGGUGGAAAUCCUUUUUACGUGCAAGAAUUCAGACCUUACAGAAUUGAAAGAUACUUAUCGCAAAGAAUACUCACAGAGCCUAGACACGACUAUCAACGAGAAAACAGAAGAUCCAGAAAGAUGUCUUCUUGCAACGUUGGCAAAGGGCGGCAGAGACGAAUCUAAUAAAGUUAUCGACAGCGCGGCGGAAACCGAUGCUGAGGAUCUUUAUGAAUCUGGGGAUGGCAGGUGGACGAGUGAUACUGGAAAAUUCCUUAAGUUACUGAAGACCAGAAAUAACAAACACAUCAUCCUCGUCCUUAAUCUGUACAAAAUAAACAACAAAGGAAUCGAGGCGACAGAAAACAUCAAAAGGGAGUGUUCGAGAACGUAUUCCGAGGCGCUCAUUGCACUCAUAAAUUGCCUUCAUGGCUCGGAGAAUCAUUUUGCUGACCGCUUAUUUAGGACUAUGUCUCCGACUAACUCGGAAUUCGUCAGUCUGCUGGUAUCAAGGUCGGAGAUUGAUAUACCAGCAGUGAGGAAGGCUUACAAGAAGAAAUACGAUGCCGAGCUUAUGGAUGAUAUAAGACAUAAAUGUCAGCAUACAACCACAAAAGUGUUACUGGAAAUCGCCAACAAAACACCUCCCGACUGGCCCAAGACCAAGCAUGUGGACAAAAGGGUAAGAUUGCCAAAUGUUGUGAUACGCCGGUCUUCCAAUGACGAUUUUAAAACACAUCAGACAUCUACACAGAAAAAAUGGAAAGGGGCAAACCCUGUACCUCAGCAUUCCAAACCUCCAAUCAAAAGGGUGGAACCUUCCUCCAAAGGGGCAGAACAAAAACACAAACACAACCCACUGGCACAAACGAGCAUGCGCAUAGCUGCUGACACGUCAAUACAAAGAAGAGAAGAGGAAAAACAUAAACAUAUAGAAAAAGAAAAGCGGAAAGAAGAGGAAAGACAGAAGAAAAAUAUCAGUGGUACAAUCAAACCCGCCAAUAAUUUCAACCCUUCCAUAGAUUGUGAACGACUGCAUGACGCUUUAUUAGAGGUACCUCUUGAUGAGGAGGACAUAAUAGAUGUACUCACUACCAGGAGUAAUGGUCAGCGACAGAUCAUGAAAAAUAAAUGGCCCACUAAAUACAAAAAGUACACACUAGAAGCAAAACUGAGAGAAAAACUUAGUGUGGAACACGACGAGGUAAUAACAGGUCUUCUGAUGACGCCAUCAGAAUAUGACGCACAUUGUCUUCAGGAAGCUCUGGACGGACUAGGUCUUUCUGAUCCAAUUCUUGUCGGAAUUCUCUGCACAAGGGAUGCUAAGGAAAUGAAAGAAAUAAAAGAAAUUUUCAAAAAAGAGUAUAAAAAAGAUUUAGUCCAGGAACUAACAGCGCAUGUGGAUCCGGAUUUAGCCGAUUUUGUAGCACUACUUUGUCAGGGUGAACGAGAACAAGAUUCAGAGGUCAAUGGGCAAACUGCCAAGAAAGAUGCGGAGAAAAUGAAUAAGAAUGGCAGGGUAGAUGUAGUAGACAAACCUUUCCGUGAUGUUGUUUUGAAGAAAAACCAUGCUCAAGUGAAACUGACAUUCUCCGAAUUUCAAAAACUGACAGGGAAUGAUAUCUACCACUCAAUAGCUGACACUGUUGUUGGUGAAACGGAAGAUGCAUAUAUUUCUUUGGUCUCGGCAAUUGAGGAUCCAGUCAAAUUUUAUGCUGAGAAACUAUUUACGUCAUUUGGAGGACUUGGCACAAACGAAGACAAUGUCGUAAGAAUAAUUGUCUCAAGAUCGGAGAUUGACUUGAGGGACAUUAAAGUUAAAUUUCAGCAACAAAACCAAAAAUCAUUGUCGGCAAUGUUAAAAGCUGAUUUCCCUGGCGAUAGCAAAGAUAUGCUUUUGGCCAUCUUGGGUGAUAAUUAAUUGUUCCACAGUUCAUAUGCAAUGCAAGGAAUGUUCAGGAAAAAACAAAAUCAGUAUUCGUUCCCAUAUUGUACCCUUGAUGUAUUUUUGAUAAACUUCUUAGUCAGUAUUUUAAUCAUGUGAUUUUUGAUGGUGAAGGAAUUCAAAAUUACAUGCUCUUUUGUUUAAAUAUUUAUAUAUCUUUGUUUCAUUUACGAGUUUCAUAUAUAAUUGAAAUCUUUCCGCUCAAUUUCUUCACUGUGUUGUUGAUAUUAACUAUCAUUUCUUAUUUCCAUUCUAUGACCACAACUAUCUGUGUACAAGAUAUAUAAAGCAAUAUUUUUGUUUGUUUGUUUGUUUGUAUUGUUGAUAAUUUGGAUGUACACCCUAUACUUCUACUGGCUUUACGACAUCAACAGAGAUUAUUAUUCUGUGUGAUAUAUGUAUUCUGAAAACUUUCCCCAGUCCUAUCGGUCUAUGAACCUUUACUUGUCAGUUUGUAUCCUAUGCAUAAACAAAAACGCCCCUAUUUUGCCCAUAUCCUUGUAUGCGUACAUGUAAACCUAAGUUAAGUUAUGUAUAUACACAAAUCGGGUAUUAUAUACAUUUAUAAUAUAUAUUUGUUUACAUGUAUUUUUGAUUUGUUUUUCCUUGUUAUUUGAAACUGUUGUAUGCAUUAUAUAUAGAAAUGUAUACAUUAAGACCAGAUGACACGUACCUAAAAAUUAUAUAACGUUUUCAAGGAUUUGAGUUUGAAAUAUUGCUCAUUGCAAAAGAUCAGGGGGCAUUACCAGUCAUUUGUACAAGAUUCCAAAGGAUUCAAGUUUCCUUUAUAAUCCUAUGCUAGAAAUCACUGGAACGGUUGAUAUCAAGAAUUUUGGUUUAUAUUUUUUCAGACCUAUGAAAAUAGUUUAGAAAUCAAAAGACUGUGAAAAUUAUGAAUAUUUUUCGGUGAUUACAUAGAAAUGCAAAAUCAGUAUAUUCGAGGAACUUGUUGUCAAACCUUAAACGCUGUAUUUUGAGAAGAAAGAACAUCAAAGAAUAUAACCAGAGGAAUACUGUAUGUGAAUGAAAAGAUAAAUAGACAUACGACGAAGAAUUCUUUGAUAAAGAAGUUGAAGUAAACUUUACUUUAAUAAUAAUAUGAGAGAUACAAUCUGAUCAAAAGCAAAGUAGAAUACGUACAUAAAAAUUUGCCAUAAUGUCUCGAUACGAAUGGUCCUCGCUCUAUUUCAUAAGCAUAUGUUCUUUCGUGACACAAGCAGAGUGAGAGCGAGGACUAUACACACAAAACAUUUUAUGAUAACGAUCUUUGUCAUUUGUGGAAAAUAUUCAUUCCACAAAUUCCUAUUUAUUUGGAACAAAGUUCCGAAAUUCCUUGCAUAGUGGAUAUGUUAAUUUCAUGAUUAAUUAUUGGAAGUUGGGAAUUUCUUAGUUAAGGUUCGUUCUAAAUCCUAAAACCAGUAAAUAUAAUGUGCUUU